AAACAGGAAGGUGCGACAGCGGGAGCGGGUUGAGGGCGGUCCUCCCCGCCGGAAGGGGCGCUGCCGUGCAGUAGCUCAGCUGAUGAUCACACCGUAGGCAGAGAGAUGGCGGCGCUCCUGAUUGCGGUCCUAUGUUUCGGCGCAGCUGUGGCCAAACCUUUCUCAGGACAGGAGAGAUGUGCGGAAGGGCCACCAUUUUGGUGUCAGGAUGUAAAGACUGCUUCAGAGUGUGGAGCUGUAAAGCACUGUCAGCAGAAUGUUUGGAGACAACCAACUGUGAAAAGUGCCCCUUGUGAUCUAUGCAAGGAUGUUAUGUCUGUUUUGGGAGAUCUUCUGAAGGACAACACUACGGAGUCGGAAGUGCGAAGUUACCUUGCCAAAGCCUGUGGCAUGAUUCCAGAUGCAGACAUGAGAACACGUUGCAAUGAAUUAGUAGAUGACUAUUUACCAAUCAUCUUGGAUAUCCUCAAUGAAGAACUGGAAAAUCCUGAAGUCAUUUGCACUGCUUUACACUUGUGCCAGACGCUCCAAGCAACACUUAAUGGAAAGGAUAUUACCUCCAAUGAAAUACCAGAGGUGGACAUGUCCAAAAUAGUCUCUCCUUUCAUUGCAAAUGUUCCCCUACUACUUUAUCCGCAGCAGACUGCCAAACCAAAGGUUAAUUACUUGCAGAGCAGUGAUAACGUCUGUCUCAACUGUAAUCAGUUCAUCAGCAAUAUUCAAACUACUAUGAAAGAGAAUGUGGAGUUCCAGAAUGAACUCAUUACUCACUUAAAGAAACAAUGUAAUGUGGGACCUGGUUUAACAGAACUGUGUGAGAAGUACAUCGCCUUGAAUGGGCCGCAAGUGGCUGAGGUAUUAAUUCAGAGAAGUGCAGAAGAGAUUUGUACUGCAGCUGGAUUCUGCGACAAAGCAAUCACAGUUCCAAUGCAGGUCCUUCAGGAACCUAUUGUUCACCCUGUGCAGAAAAAAAAAGAGAAAGAAAGAAAAAGAAGAAAGAGUGCCUGGAUAUUGGAAGAUCCCCACAUGCUCCAUGGAAAGAAUGAAGUGCUUGAAGCAGGAUCAGCAGGCUGUGUAAUCUGUGAAUUUGUCAUGCAGGAGGUCAAGAAACUUCUCCAGGAGAAUACAACUGAGGAGGCCAUCACUGACACUCUGAUAAAAGUAUGCUCUGUUCUGCCAGACACUGUUAAAAGUGAAUGUGAAGACUUUAUCAGUGAGUACGGGAAAGCUGUGGAGGAGCUUCUUUUGCAGGAAUUGGACCCCGUUGUUGUGUGCAGAACCAUUGGUCUGUGCAAGCAUGCGGAAAGGACGGCUCUGGGCUCCCAGAAAGCCAAACCAAAACAACUGCAAUCAGGUGCUUUGUGUGAAAUCUGCAAGACUGUGGUUCAAAAGUUGGAUAGUUUGCUGGAAGAGAAAAGCACAGAGGAAGAGAUCAAGGCUGCCCUGGACGAAGUCUGUACCUUGCUCCCAAAAUCGAUACAGGAUGAGUGUGAUAAUCUAGUAGCUGAGUAUGAACCACUUUUAAUUCAAGUUCUGCUGCAGAGUUUGGAUCCAGAUUUUGUCUGCAAAAGUAUCGGAGCUUGCACAGAUGCAAAACAACAUCUCUUAGGAGCAAAUGAAUGUGUCUGGGGCCCAUCCUAUUGGUGUAAGAAUAUGGAAACUGCAAACCAGUGCAAUGCGGUUGAACACUGCAAGCGUCAUAUCUGGAACUGAAAGCGAUGACUCGCUGGAUACACGCAGUGAUGAGUUUAAGCAAAUAUUUUUUGGUUUAGUUUGCAAUAUACGCUUUAGCAUUAUGUAGAAAUAUGCUUGUUGUAACUAUCUCAAAGUUUCCUUAAUCCAUGUUUUUCUCCGGUGACUGGUUAUAUCUGUGAGGUCUAUCUAACUUUGAACAUUAGUUAUGUAUUGCACUGCAGGAAAUGGAAUGAAAAAGUUAAUUCCUCACCUGGGCUGAGUGUACAGGAGAAGCUACAGCAAAGGUUGUCCCUCAGCUGUAAGAAUUUAAUGUAUAAAUUUUUGGUGUUUAAUUCAACUAAUACUAAAAAUGAAGUGACUGCUGGAUUCUGCUUCAGUUAAUAUGCAAGUACUGUAGUCUGAAGGACUUGAUGUUUGCUAAUCAUUAGUUUGUAAAAUAUUCGAUAAAUAUGUACAAAUUGGUUUGUCAAUAAAACCUGUUUUAAUUUUCA